AUGUCCAUGCAAAUGUCCAUGCCCAUGACCAACCAUCUACUCAGCAAUAACCAUAUGCUGACCCAGGGCCAGGUGCAGAGCGCCUCCAACGCGUCGGGAAGUAUGCCCGGGGCCCAGCUGCUGGCCAACCCGUCGCAGCUGAACCCACAGCAGCAGAACCUGGCACAACACCCCCAACAACAGCAAAAUCUCCAGCAGAACCUGGCCGGCGGCCAAAAGCCCUACUCGCGCAAAGUCAAGGUGGGCAGAAUGACGCCCCAGCGAAUCGACCGCAUCAAGGAACUCGCCGAGGUCAAGGGCAUUCCGUACAAGACGGUGGAGUCGAUUCUGCAGCAGUUUGUGUCUGAGGAGGAUCCCUACGUGGAAAUUUCGCUGUCGUCCAACUCGGCAGUGCGCAAGGGCAAGGAUGGCCAGGUCACCUACAUCAAGCGCCCACUUAACUCUUUCAUGCUAUACCGUAAGAGCCAGACCCAGAGCGCGCUGGCCUACGCCGCCGCCGCCAACCUCAAGCUUAACCACCAGUCCAUUUCCCGAAUCAUUGGACUUAUGUGGCAGACUGAGAGCGGCGAGACCAAGGAGGAGUUCGCCCGUUUUGCCGGAGAGGAAAAAGAGCUCCAUCGUGCGAUGCAUCCGGACUACAAGUUUUCGCCCCAGAAGAAGAACAAAAAGGGCCAUCCCGAGGUCCAGGCCGUCACCCGCAGACCGCUCAACCCCCCCAGCGCCGUGGGCCAGACCUCGUCGACGAUACCCGCAAUGCAAGGUAACGUUCAGAUGCCCCAGGGAGCUCUCCAGACCGGCGCGGUGGCUGCACAGGCUGGCAUGGCCACCUCUCCUCCGGUGGCUCGUCCGCCAUCGCAGCCCAUGAUGGAAAUGGCCCAGAAUCUGGCCUAUGUUUCACCUACGUCGCGUCAUGUGUCCCAACCGCAGCAGACCAUGGCUCAGCAGGCGCAGUCGCAAUCCCAAUCGCAGUCGCAGUCGCAGCCUCAGCCCCAGCAGCAGCAACAGCCCCAGAUUUCGCAACAGCAGAUUUCGCAGCAGCAACAGCAACCAAUCACACAGCACUCGCCGUUGCACCACCAGAGCCCGCUGCAGACGCCCGCGACCGCGCAGAGCCAGUACUCUCAGCAGCAGUACUCGCAGCACUCGCAGCCGGGCCAGAACGCCGCCAUGUACCAGUAUCCGUACCCCGGACAGCAACACGAGAAGCGCGAGUCGUUCGACAUGAAGCGCGACAGCUUGGAACAUAUGAACAUGCAGCAGGUUAACCAGCAGCAGGUGAACCAACAACAGCAGCAGCACGGGCAACAGCAACAUGGACAACAGCAGAUUAACCAACAGGCGCAACAGCAGGCGCAGCAACAGGCGCAACAGCAGCAGCAACAGGCGCAACAGCAGCUCAGUCAACAACAGCUCAGCCAGCAACAACAGGCCCAAGCCCAGGCUCAAGCCCAGGCACAGGCUCAGGCUCAGGCCCAACAGACCAGCCAGUCGCAGUCGACGACAGCGCCGCCACAGUACCAGUACAACCAGACGUCGUACCCCCAGCACCAGUACCACUACCCCAUGCAGACCCAACAGCAGGCGCAGCAGCAACAGCAGCAACAUCCGGGGCUGCCCAUGCCCAUGCAGCAUCAUAUGGAGAACAUGCCGUAUUACCAGGUGCCCACGGGGUAUAAUUACAGCUACACCAACAUGCCUCAUUCGCAUCCACAGCAAAUGUGA